AUUGCAAUCGUGUAUUGAAUGAAUGUAUUGAAUAUAUUGAAUGUAUUGUAUUAAUAGUGUUGAGUGUUGUGUUACUCGAGUGCCACACACUGUCUGACUGUCUGUUUGUAUAAUUAGUGUAUUAGUUGUGACCAACAGUUAAGUGACGACUAAAAUGGCUGAAGCCGUCGGUGAAGACGACAAGAAGCCCAUCGAUGACAUCAAUCAAGAAAAUGAUGAACAAAAUGACUUAAAGAAGAUCAACAUAUUUAUAAAGACGGCCAAAGAAAAGGAGUCGUUUGAGAUCAACGAAAAUGAGUCCAUAAAAAAGCUCAAAGAACUGGUUGCCCUCAGAUUCAAGUCAGACAUCGAUAAGAUAUGUCUUAUAUUUGCCGGAAAGAUAUUGAAAGACAACGAGACACUGGACACACAUAAAAUUAAAGAUGGAUUAACUGUCCAUUUGGUCAUCAGGUCUGGAAAUCAGACAUCGACCUCUUCAUCUCAACCGGCAUCACAACAGACGACACAAAAUGCUGAUAAUAGUUCAUCAAUGGGUGCAAAUGCUUUUGGUUUGGGUCAACCAUUUGGUGGUAUACCUGGUUUAGGUAAUCUUGGUUUAGGAAAUUUUGAAGAAAUGCAGCAAAGAAUGCAAAGAGAGAUGAUGAACAACCCGGAAAUGUUGCGUCAAAUGAUGGAAAAUCCAAUCGUACAGCAAUUGAUGUCGAAUCCCGAAUAUGUUCGACAACUGCUGACAGCGAAUCCACAAAUGCAACAAUUGAUGGAAAGAAAUCCAGAGAUCAGUCAUAUGUUGAACAAUCCGGAUCUAUUGAGACAAACCAUGGAAAUGGUUCGCAAUCCGGCGGCGCUUCAAGAGUUGAUGCGAACUCAAGACCGAGCGCUCAGUAAUCUUGAAAGCAUUCCCGGAGGUUAUAACGCAUUGAGACGUAUGUAUACUGAACUUCAAGAACCAAUGCUUAACGCAGCACAAGAACAGUUCGGCAGUAAUCCAUUCGCUGCCCUCUCUUCUAAUAAUACCACCAAUGACUCGACCAAUGCAAUUGAUCCACAAAGAAUUGAAAAUAGAGAUCCAUUGCCUAACCCUUGGGCUCCGCGAACAACACAAACGCCCGCUUCAAAUACAACGGCAUCAAACACUACUACCAGUACAACACCCAAUCUUUCGGCCGGUUUGUUACAACCAGGUAUGCAGAGUCUAAUGCAACAGAUGGGCGAUAAUCCACAACUCAUGCAGAAUAUGAUGACUUCUCCUUACAUGCAGAGUAUGCUUCAGAUGUUAUCAGCGAAUCCAGAUAUGGCACAAAACAUGAUUGCCAACAAUCCAUUGCUUUCAACUAAUCCUGAAAUGGCUGAACAGAUGAGACAAAUGAUGCCAACAAUGUUGCAACAGAUGCAGAGCCCAGAAAUGCAGAACAUUGUUACCAAUCCACAGGCUCUUCAGGCUAUAAUGCAGAUACAACAGGGAAUGGAGCAAUUGCAACGGGUAGCACCUAAUAUAUUUGGAAUGAUUCCCAAUCCAAAUACGACACCAACACAACCGCCGGCGCCGACGGCCACCACUGAUAGUAAUACGACGACUACCAAUAGGCCGGCCACAGCUGCUAAUAACGCUGCAAAUGCUGCGGCUCUCUCGCAACUCAUGGCGAACAUGUUUAGUGGUCAGAGUAAUCCAAAUCCUGAAGAUAGAUAUAGACCACAGUUGGAACAGUUAGCGAAUAUGGGUUUUAUGAAUAGAGAGGCCAAUCUUCAGGCACUUAUAGCCACAUUUGGUGACGUGAACGCAGCCGUUGAGCGACUCUUACAGACACAACAAUAAUUAAAUGUCACUUUUCAUAUGUGUCUGUCUAUUGUAUCCUAAAUUUCCUAAUGAGAGGACAUUUAAUGACUGCACUUUUUAUCCUUUGUUUAUAUUAUAUAAUAUUAAUACGGAAAAAGUAAAAUAUAUUAUAUGAGAGAAAAAUAUUUGUCAAUAAUUUAAACAUUAAAUUAUGAGAAACUAAUAGUGAAAAUUAUUUAAUAAUAAAAUGAAAUGUAAUAUUUAGUUAAAUUGAAUGAAUGAAUGAUUGAGUGAAUGAUUGAAUUAAAUGUAAGCGUCAGACUAGCGAUUGAUUCCAUUG